AUGCUCGCCGCCGUCGCCCGGAAACAGGCUGCCCCGACGCGUCUUGCGGUGGCGGUACAAGCCUCGGCCACCUGCCCUCCCCUUCGCGCCUUCCCGUCCCGCCACCAGCCCGUCAAAGCUGCCAGAUUUCCAACACGGCCCACGGCGCUGCGUGCCUUCGCGACCAGCGCCCAGCGAAGGACUGAUGGACCGAACUCGGCAGCUCGGCCGCCAAAGGAGUCGGACGCGACGGACGAGAGCGACGCGAUCCCUGCGGAGGACAUGAUGUCCGUGGGCGCACACGAGAAGGAGCACGAGCAUGCGGUCAUUUCUGCGUUUGACCUGUUUAGCAUUGGCGUCGGACCGAGCUCGUCGCACACCGUCGGCCCCAUGCGUGCUGGGAAGAUCUUCAUUGGCGACCUCGAGGAGGUCGGCUUGCUCGACAAGGUCAAGACGGUCAAAAUCACUCUCUAUGGUUCCCUUGCAGCCACAGGCUCUGACCCGGAGACCAUCGCCACCGGCACGAUCCCGUCGCGGUAUGCGGGCAUCCUUGAGAACAAGACGCUCAUGCUCGGCGGUCGCCAUCGGAUCGUGUACGACAUGGACCGAGACAUGGUCUGGCGCUGGGAUCAGGUUCUCAAGACCCAUCCAAACGGUAUGCGCUUCUCCGUCUUCGGCGAGGACGGGGACUUGCUUGCCACAAACGAGUACUUUAGGUGGAUUCGUGGUGAACGAGAAAACCAAAGGCGAGUGCAUGUGGGGGUCUCUGGGGGCAUGCGUGUUCAACCACCAUGGCCCACAGUCGACGAAAACCUGUUUUACAAAGGCGUCGACAAGAGCGCAGUCCACGGCGCACGACUGCAUCAGACGAACACGGAGCCCGUGGCGGGCGAAGUCGCGCAGCCUUCCGAUCCCAUCCAGCCCCCAUAUCCGUUCACCGUCCGUGCCUUCUCCGGCGACAGUCUUCUUGCUCUGACCAAGAGGCAUAAUAUGACUAUUGCGCAAGUUGUAUACGACAACGAGCUUCAUUUCGGAUACUCCCAUGAGGAAAUCCACGAGAAGCUGCUGCGUAUAUGGAGUGUCAUGGAUGACUGUAUUCGCAUGGGAGUGUCCGCCGCGGAUGAGAAGCUCCCCGGGAGACUGGGCCUUCGCCGGCGUGCCCCUCUCCUCUAUCGCCGCCUCAUGAGAGGGUUCUACCCCGGUCUUGCAGCACCCACCCUUCCCGCAAUUGGAGGUGGUGCCCCCGUUGGGAAUAUCGGCGCACCUGAAGGUUUUGGCGUGGAUGAACCUCCGGUGGCUCCAACGAAGGGUCUGCAUGCGGCCAGCAGCAAUGGGAGUAGCACAGCUGGCCCCCGGCCGAUGCGAGUCGUCGGAGUUCUUGAUCACCCAGUGACCCCUAUGCCCGUACGCAAGACAAUGAUCCCCGCGAUGGAUUUCUUAUCCUGCUACGCCAUCGCGGUCAACGAGGUCAACGCCAGCGGUGGGCGUAUCGUUACGUCUCCGACGAACGGCGCCGCGGGUGUCAUUCCCGCGGUACUCAAGUAUAUUGUCGAGGCUGUCGGCAUGCUCUUCAAGCGGGGAAGCACCAUCUCGGCCGCAGAGGGGGGUUGUCAGGCCGAAGUUGGUGUCGCAUGUUCGAUGGCUAGUGCUGGGUUCGCGGCCUGUAUGGGAGCGUCGCCUGAAACAAUCUUGCAAGCAGCGGAGAUCGGCAUUGAGCACAACCUGGGUCUGACGUGCGAUCCCAUCGACGGACUAGUGCAAGUCCCUUGCAUCGAACGAAACAGUCUAGGAGCCGUGAAAGCCAUCACAGCCGCGCAGCUGGCCAUGGCGAGCCAGAACGUCUACAGCGUCACGCUCGACGAGGCCAUCGAGGCCAUGAGGCUAACCGCAUCCGACAUGAGUUUCAAGUACAAGGAAACGAGUCUCUCGGGUCUUGCACGCACGGUCAAGAUCCCGCUCACGGUUCCAGCCUGCUGA